AUGCUCAGUGCGUUUACAAGCUUGUUUCAAGCGAGUCCUGGAUUUGGAACCGACGACGACCAUGACGAGGGCGACGAGCUCGCGCCGGAGAAUGAGGCACUGCCGACAGAUAGUGGAGUAGGGGGCCUUGAAAGAAAGCCCUCCUCUCAUAUGAGUGUGAGGAUGGAGCGUUUUCGUGCGCCCACUCCGUCGCAUGUCUCAUGGAAGGUCCCAAGUCCCCAAGCGAGCCCAGCGAUUCAUCAAGAUCCUGCGUGGAGAGCACCGUACGAGAGCUAUACGGCCUCUACUCCUUCCUUGCCCUUUAGAGCUACAUCCAUGGAUGUUGGUCAAAGGAGGCCAUCGCUGAGGCGUCACGGUUCCCAGUCGCUCCAUGAAAAUUCAGCAUCUGAGGAUGAGGAUAGCAGUCAUGUAGAAGCUGCAUCCGCGAAGAUGCUGAACCCCAUUGACGAGCGUGUGUACUUCCCGCCAAUCAGGCGGCGCCCAUCGCUUGACUCGGUGCCCCUUACACCAGAUUCGACACGAGCGCACGACGGACACAAUCUUUCGGCUUAUCCAGGAGCAUUCAUAAAUCGGCCAUUAAACCGCUCCAUCAGCCAGACAUCCACAAGCACUUUCCGCUCCACAGCUUCUGUGGCUGCGCCCUCCAUUCCGCCCCUCGACCUACGACCUAAUUUCCAGACCACAGUGGGCGUCCCUCCCCGCAAGUCCCGGCUUGCUGUUCCGGCCUUGCCUACUGUUUGUGCAAGUCCGCGCCCAGCUAAAUAUUCCGUCAUAUACGAAGAUGGGUCGUCAGCCAGGACCUCGAGCUUCAUCACCGCGCCUUCAGAGCACCCGCCGGAGACUGACACGGAUGCAGAGCCCAGCGUGCGUGGUCCAGACUACGCAGCCUCCACCGUCACGGACACAGAUGGCACGCCUGCAGUGCUAGGCACUGCCCUUCCAGAAGGUCUUUACGACGUUGAUCUGGAUGCAGAGCCACGCCGUAACAGUGUACAAACGACACUCACCGAACCGCUCAUUCCAGGGCCCAUUCCACGGCGCCGGCGCUCGCCGUCCCUCGCGGAGUCCGAGUCGUAUAUCCACACGCGCUGGCUCAAGGGUGUCUCAUUUGGGAGCGUCCGCCUUGCCAUACCCGAACCACUGACGCGGAAGAAGGACCUGCCAGUGAGCUCUGCGUGCGUACUCUUUUGGCUAGGAUUCAUCGGGCCAUGGUGCUGGCUCAUCGGCGGAUGGAUGCUCUCGGCGGGCGGGGACGUCCAGCCUGAGGGCAAGCAUAUUGAUACCAUUCUUCCUUUGUGGAUCAGACGGGCGAAGAGACGAGCAGGCCUGCUGGAUGGACAUGCGAUGAACGGCAAAAAGCUCCAGGCGUUGAGUAUAUGGUAUCCCCUUGUAGCGCCCUCCGUCGAGAGCUUGUCACCUUCGGUGCAUAGCCACACGACUGCCACCUCAACGCGGAAGAUGAAGAAAAUUGCGACGAGUAUGGACCCGUGGGUCAAGCGAUGUCGUAUUGCAGCCCUGACGAGCGGGGUGCUGAUACUGGCUGCCUUUGUGACCGCUAUCAUUGUAGUCGGCACGCGGCCAUGA